AUGUCUAACAUCAUCAACAAGGUCAAGGACGCUGUCACCCACCACGGUGACAAAGACCACAAGUCCACUGGUACUACCGAUGCCAAUGCCUAUGACUCUACCCGAUCAUCCAACCAUGGCCCUCACGACAGCAAUAUUUCCAACACUGCCGAUCCCCGUAUCGACAGCGACCGCUCAGCCUACAACACUUCCACUUCUACCAACUAUGGUCCUCAUGAUACCAACACUGCCAACACUGUUGACCCUCGCGUCGAUAGCGGCCGCACAUCACAUGGUACCUCCGGUCUGACUGGAUCUACUGGCGCUCAUGGAACUACUGGAACUACUGGCACCACUGGCACUGGCACCGCUGCCGACGCCUACGACCUGAACCGAUCCAGCAACCACGGUCACCACGAUAGCAACAUCGCCAACAAGGCUGAUCCUCGCCUCGACAGUGACCGCGAUGGACGUGCUUCCUAUGGUACCACUGGCGCUACUGGUACCACUGGCGCAUAUGGCACUACUGGCUCGACUGGCUCGACUGGCUUCGCUCCUACUACCCACUCUUCUACCCAGCCUAUCUCCACCGGUGCUGGCUCGACUGGCUUCGCUCCUAAUACCCACUCUUCUACUCAGCCUAUCUCCACCGGUGCUGGCUCGACUGGCUUCGCUCCUACUACCCACUCUUCUACUCAGCCUAUCUCCUCCGGUGUUGGCUCGACUGGCGCAUAUGGAACUACUGGCACUACUGGCACCACUGGCACUGGCAACGCUGCCGACGCCUACGACCUGAACCGAUCCAGCAACCACGGUCACCACGAUAGCAACAUCGCCAACAAGGCUGAUCCUCGCCUCGACAGUGACCGCGAUGGCCGUGCUUCUCACGGCAGCACCCGCACUGCUGGAACCACUGGUGCUUACGGCACAACCGGUGCUACUGGUACGACCGGUGCUACUGGUAUGACCGGAGGCCAUGGCUCUGUUCCCUCUGCCCACUCUGCUGCUACCGGACCUGCCAGCUCUACCGCAGGCCCCCACAGCAGCAACGUCGCCAACGAGGUCGAUCCCCGUGUCGAUAGCGACCAGAGCAAGCAGAAGAAGGAGCACAUCCCAGGCCAGUACUCUGGCGUCGACCGCUUCGACCAGGACGUUCACAAGGGCAGCAUUGCGGGCGGCAACCAGGUUAUCGGCCUACACGGCAGCAAGGGCCCUACCACCACCAAGAACUUUGACCAGUCUCAGCAUGAGAGCGCUGCCGGUAGCAGCUACAGCUCCGGUGGCCCUACCACUGCCGGUCCCCACAACAACGACACUCUGAACAAGAUUGACCCUCGUGUUGACUCGGACCUCGAUGGCUCCAAGACCAUCGGUGGUAACAAGACCGGUGCUCAGACUCAGCGAUACUAA